UGGCAAUACUUUUUGUUUUAAUUUGUUCUCAUCCAUUCUCUGAUAUUCUUUGCAAAUCAAAUACAAAUUAAGUCAAAUGAAAAAUAACAAAUUUACAAUUUUAUAUUUAUACGUUUAUAUUAAAGAAAUAAAAAAUUUAUAUUAAAUACAAAAUAUAGAAAACUAAAUAUAUAAUACAACGUAAUUAUAAUGAAAAUAAUAUUUAACAUUUUAAUAGUAAUGGUCCAGUUGUGUGCAAGUGAUAGUUCAGUUUACGAUUGGCAGGUGAAAACCAUAGAACGUGAUUCAGAUUUUGCGAAUGAUUUUAAAGUGCAAACAGCUUUAAAUAAUGAGCGACAACAAGAUCUUUUAAAGAUUUCGGGCAAAACAAAUAAUAUAGAUUACUAUUAUCCUAAUUCUUUUAAUACACAAUUUAAUACUAAAAGCCUUGAUGGAAGCAGUAAUAAAGCUAGUGCGAUUAAUAAUGAAAAUAAAUUUGAUGAUCAAAAUAAUUUAAAUCUCAAUAAAAAAUAUAAAGAAAACUCAAAUUCAAUGGACAAUCUUGAUCAAACGAAAAAUUCUGCCAAGAAAUUUGAAGCCAAAAAUAAUGAAAAAUUCAAGUCUAAAAAUGAUGAGACAAAUAAUCAUCAUUACGAUUACAAUGAAAAUCAAUUUUAUUCCAAAUUUAACGCUGAUGUGCUAAAAAGUCAGGAAGCUAAUAAAAAUAAUGAACACGAUGAUCAAGAUCGUAGCGAGUUCAAUAAAAAUCAUAAACUUUUAGAUUAUCACGAUGAGGAUAAUAAUAGUUAUCAUGAUUUAAAUCAUUUAGAACAUAAUUCUUAUAAACAAUCUAAAGAUCAAGAUAAAUUUAAUAAUCCUAAUGAACAACUUGGUUUUGACUCGAUAAAUAAAGAGAAUGGAAGUUAUAAUAAAGCGAAAAUUGCAAAUAAAGAAAAACAAGAUCGUCCUAUAAUAAAUCAUUGUUCCGGUAAAUAUAUGAAUAUUGAAAGUUUUGUGGGUACAAAUCUUUUUGAUAGUACUGCCAAAAGAUGUUUCACUAGCGAAGAGGUGGCUUUAUUGGCCAUUCGUAAAGAUUUCGAGAGUCUUAUACCCAAAGAUUUGCCAGAAUGUUUGCUAAAUGAUCACAUGGUGGCUCUGGUACUAAAUUACUUUUAUAUCUGUCAUCAAAUGAUAUUGAAAACUACCUCAUUAGACUCAAAGCAUUUAGUACAAAAAGCUUUUUAUGAUACUUUAGGUGGCUAUUUAAAUUUCUAUAUGGUACCGGUAACAAAAUAUUCUUAUUAUGCUGGUCAAAUAAGCCUAAAUACUGCCCAGCAAAUUUUAACUUUACAUCAAGAAUCUAAACAAUUUCUAAAUACCAAUGGCAAUGGUUGGAAAGCUCCUUUACAAAAUGUUCUUAUGGAAUUAAAAUCCGUACAUAUAGAACCAUUGCAUAUUGCUGAACAACAUGAGGAUAACUGUAAUGAGCCUUCAUUUUGUAUGCUUCUAGAUAUAGCCACAGAUGAGAAUCAACCCAAUGAUGAACAAAUGAUUGUUCAACUGCCAAAAUUGGAAGAUGAAGAUGGUUAUUUGGCUAAUAUAUGGUUACCGUUUAGACGUAAAAGAACAUUUGAUUUAAAAUCACAAAGUUCUGCUUAUGUUUUGGUUAAAUUUUAUGAAACUGUUACCAAAUGUUAUCGAUUUGAUAAUAUCGAUCAGCAAUAUUAUAACCAGCAAUUUAAAAUAUGGCUAAUGGAAAAUAUAAACAUACAUUUAUCGGAUGAGCAAUUUUAUCCAGGUUUAGGAGCUGUCUUACGAAUUUAUGAAUAUCUUAAAAAAGCUAAAAAGGAUACCAACUUGUUUGGCGAUAAUUUAGUUGAGUUGCAAAGUAAAGAUGAAAGUUUUGUGAAGCAGCAAAGCCCACAAAUUGGAAGUAGAAAGACUCAUAAUAUUAAGAAAACUAAACAGAGAAUUAAUAAUGGAAAAAAUAUCACCGAUCAAACAAAUGCAGAGCAAAGAGAAAGAAAUCAAACUAUACAUCACGAUGCUAAGAUACCACUUCAAAUUAAUCUUGAGAUAACAAAAAACGCCCUUGAAACCCAAUCAAAUGCUAUUUCUUCUGAAGUAGAAGAUAAUAAACUAGAUAAUCCCGCUCAAACAAAUUUCACAAAUACUAAAUCUUUACUGCGUACCAUAGACUUAGCACCACCACAAAUGGUCGUUAUAGCCAUACCAGUCAUUGCCAUUAUUUUGGUGGUAAUAAUUUGUUGUUGUAAAAGUUUUUGCAAGAAAAAGAAAUCGCAGCCACAACUUAAGACCAAAAAGAAUUCGUCUUCAUCAUCCUCUAUACUUUUAAAUUCACCAGUACGUUUCUUUCAUAUAAGAAAAAAAUCCCUUUCAGAUUAUUCAUCAACUGAACCUGGUAACAAGAAAAAUAAAAGAUCUGUAAAAAUUGAAAAGAAACCUUUGCUAAAUUCAGAUACCUCAGCUUCAAGUAGUCCAGUGAGAAAUAAAAAAUCUAUAGACAAGGGAAAAACGAAGGAUAGUGGCAAGAGUAAUAGUAAAUCAAGUUGGGAAACAAUGUAUUCCACGAAAUAAUCUGUAUUACGAACGUUAGCGAAAGUUGUGUUAUUUUAUAAUUUACAGGUUUAUUUAUUUCUAUUUAUUUUUCUAAUAUUUUAAUAAAAUUCAUAAUGGAACUAUUAAUCUAAUUCCAUAUUUAAAACGGUUUAGUGUACGAAUUCAUAUGAUCGCUUGAGCUCACGAAUCGAAAAUAAUAAAUUGUUAAGAGUGGAAUGCUUUCCUGAAAGUUCAGAUUAAAUCCAUCAUUCGACUAUAAACUUAAAUUAAAGUUUUAUAUUAGUGGCACGAAUAUCCACUAGCAAUUUCUAAAAUUCUACAAAGGAUAAGCCAAACCAAUUAAGAAUUUAUUAAAUUGCAUAUUUGGUUGUUAAAAAAUCGU